AUGUCCAGAAAUCCAGGCACUUGUCCUAGUGGUAGUCCAAAUGGAAUAUCUCAAAUAAGGUAACCAGGGGAAGAACCUUUCCAAGUAACCCAAUGCAAACUGGAGGCAACAAGUUGGACAGUCAUUCAAAGACGACUUGCUGUAAGUGUUAAUUUCAACCAAUUCUGUACUUAUUAUAAGGCCAGCUUUGGAUAUAUCCAAGGAGAAUUCUUUAUCGGCCUGCAUCAUCUUAUGAUCACAGAGCAACUACACGAUCUUUUCACUCAAUUAAAGCAUAUCGAUGGCGACACCUUUUAUGCUAACUAUGAUGAUUUCAAGAUAGGCAGUGAAAAAGAUUUGUAUAAGUUGGAAAGGGUGGGAAAAUUCUUUGGAACGGCGGGAGACUCCCUUAAGAACCACAAAGAUAAAAAGUUCUCGACCUUUGAAAGUUGCGCAGCGGAGCAUGGCGGUGGUUGGUGGUUUCACUCUUGUUUGUCAAGCUCGCAUGGACUGUAUUACAAAGAAGGCGAAACGUAUUCUCUACAUGAUUUCCACUGGGGUCAAUGGAAAUAUUACUCUUUUACUUUUGUUCAAACUAUGAUAAGGCCAAAGUUCUCUUAG